GGGUUUUUCGUCAAAGGGAGUGUCUGAAUCAACAACACACCAGUAUGUAUUAAAAUGUGGUUCGAUUUGGGACGAAGUGAGGGAUUUCCAACCCAAUAUCCCCCUAAUCAAACCCCCGUUACUGUCGACGUGCUGGAAGCCGGCUUUAUUGCCGCUUUCAUCAUUUUGUUGCUUUCUCUUCUCGUUCUUUUACCAACAUCGAGUUUAAAAAAGACCUUGUGCCUGUUCAUCGAAAUAACAACCCUCCUAACAAUUGGCCUCCUCCUCCUCCUCGGAAACUUCGGCCAAGAAUGGGAAGUUGGCCACAUCCUCACUAGAACCCCUUACAAAGCCGGCUCUUCGGCCGAAAUCAACGCCUCAAUUGGCCUAAAAAUCGGCCUUCGGAGCAUCAACAUAACACUCAAAUCCGACCAAAACCCUCCAAACCUCGCCAGAGAAAUAAUCAAUUACAAUGAGAGAUUUUCCUGGACUUGGGACCAAGGCCGGCUUGGUUUUGGCCCUUUUGCAGGCCACCUCCAGCAGGAGUUUCGCGCGGCGCAGUACAGGGGGCUCCCAACGCCCAUUUUGUGGGUUGUGGAGUAUUUUGUGAUAGAUGGGGAAGGGUUCCGUUUUGGGAGGUUUUACAGGACAGCGGGGUGGUACUCCCAUGUGGCGCUAUGGUGUGCCUUUGCUUGUUGGUUGGUGGCUUUGUUGUUGUUCCGGUCGGUGAUCUUGUAUGGGGGCUAUUGUUUGGCGGCGUGUGGGGCUCUACAACUCACGGCGAACUUGAUCUGGUUGGUUGUGCGAAACCCGAUUCCGUUGGUGGUUCCGUUCGAGGAUGGGACGAUUACGACGAGGUUUGGGCCCAGUUAUUGGAUCACUUUUGCGUCAGGGAUUUUAUGUUUGGUGAUUGCCAUAAUUAUCACUUUACUCGACACAAAAUUCCACACACUUCUUUACACUUUCUUUGGCGUUGACCCACUCAACAGUUACGAUGAAGUUGCUUACUUGACCAAAAACGAACUACUACUAAGAACAAAAAAUAUAUCAAACGAUGUGCCCCUCAUACCCAUGAGUAAUUCCCCUAAAGAAGAAGAAGACGACAGCGCCGAAUACGUCCCCGUGUAUAUCAAGCGCAAAACUCGGGCCUUUGGCCCCCCUGUUGUCCGAAGCAACAAACCUAAACACUUACUGGAAAUGUAAACAAUGUUCAAAUAAUAAUACAAUAAGGUUUUAUUGUGAAAAUAAUUUAAGUACACUUUUAAACUUAA